AGUUGGGUUCGCCAAACUCAGUUACGUGACAAAUUCUCACCCUCAGCAUCUCCUCCACUCCUGAUACCAUCUCUCUCUCUCUCUCUCAUAUGCUUCAGAGCUAGCUAGUUUGAUUUCUUUCAAUCUCUCUUUCUUUACACAGACCAGUACUCUGCUUAGAGAGAGGGGAGAGAGAGAGAGAGAGGAGAGAGAGGAGAGCUCAAUUGAAGUUGUGGGUUUUUAGAAGCUUGAAUCCAUGGCUUCUUGGGCUCUUUUACCGGCAGCUCCAGUAACUGGUCGCUGUCUGGUGACUCCUGCCAGGACAAAGAGGUCGUCCUCCUUCUGGGUUCGCUCUUCUUUGGACACCAAUGUUUCUGACAUGAGGGUAAACGCUCCAAAAGGGUUGUUUCCACCUGAACCGGAGUUCUACCGCGGUCCGAAGCUGAAGGUGGCCAUUAUCGGAGCUGGACUCGCGGGCAUGUCAACCGCCGUUGAGCUUUUGGAUCAAGGCCAUGAGGUGGAUAUUUAUGAAUCGAGGCCUUUCAUUGGCGGAAAAGUGGGCUCUUUUGUUGAUAAAAAAGGAAACCACAUUGAAAUGGGACUCCAUGUUUUCUUUGGUUGCUACAGUAAUCUUUUCCGAUUAAUGAAAAAGGUGGGUGCAGAUGAAAAUCUUCUUGUCAAGGAUCAUACUCACACUUUUGUAAACAAAGGGGGUAACAUUGGUGAACUUGAUUUUCGGUUCCCAAUUGGAGCACCAAUACAUGGGAUUCUUGCAUUUUUGUCUACAAAUCAGAUUAAGACUUACGAUAAAGCAAGAAAUGCAGUGGCUCUUGCCUUAAGUCCGGUUGUAAAGGCUCUUGUUAAUCCAGAUGGAGCAUUGCAGGAUGUACGGAAUUUGGAUAGUAUAAGCUUCUCUGAUUGGUUCUUGUCCAAAGGUGGCACGCGAAUGAGUAUCCAGCGGAUGUGGGAUCCUGUUGCAUAUGCACUUGGGUUUAUUGACUGUGAUAAUAUUAGCGCUCGUUGUAUGCUCACUAUAUUCACAUUGUUUGCCACUAAGACCGAGGCUUCCCUUCUACGCAUGCUCAAGGGUUCACCAGAUGUUUACUUAAGUGGCCCCAUCAGAGAUUAUAUCAUUGCCAAGGGGGGCAGGUUUCAUCUCAGGUGGGGGUGUAGAGAAAUACUAUAUGAUAAAUCUUCUGAUGGCGAAACAUAUGUUACCGGAUUUUCAAUGUCUAGGGCUACUAACAAGAAAAUUGUGACAGCCGAUGCUUAUGUUGCAGCGUGUGAUGUGCCUGGAAUCAAGAGACUGCUUCCUUCUCAGUGGAGGGAAUGGGAUUUUUUCAAUAAUGUUUAUGAGCUAGUUGGAGUCCCUGUUGUUACUGUGCAACUUAGAUACGACGGUUGGGUCACAGAGUUACAAGAUCUAGAACGGUCAAGGCAAUUGAAGCAAGCUUUGGGAUUAGAUAAUCUCCUAUAUACUCCUGAUGCAGAUUUCUCUUGCUUUGCCGACCUAGCGCUUACUUCUCCAGAAGAUUACUACAUUGAGGGACAAGGUUCACUCCUCCAAUGCGUUUUGACACCAGGUGAUCCUUACAUGCCUUUACCAAACGAAGAAAUUAUAGCAAGAGUGAAGAAACAGGUUUUGGCUUUAUUCCCAUCAUCCCAAGGUUUAGAAGUCACUUGGUCAUCAGUUGUCAAAAUUGGGCAAUCUCUCUAUCGGGAGGGACCUGGCAAAGAUCCGUUUAGACCUGAUCAGAAGACACCUGUGAAGAAUUUUUUCCUCGCUGGCUCAUACACAAAACAGGACUAUAUCGACAGCAUGGAAGGAGCAACUUUGUCUGGCAGGCAAGCCUCUGCAUAUAUAUGUGAUGCCGGGGAAGAGUUGGUGGGAUUGAGAAAGAAGCUUGCAGCCCAAGCUUCUGAGGAAUACACAAAAGCUGUUAAUACUACUGAUGAGCUGAGUCUUGUCUGACACAUUGCCUGCCUGCCAUUCGUUCGUUAGCACAGGAAAAAAAACCUCCUCAAAUCAAAAUGUGGUGUCAGCCGGCGAGUUUGACAUGAGCUAGCUUUGUUCAUUACACAUGUUUUACAAUGUUCUAUAUCAACUUAUCAAGUAUAGAAAGGUCAGUCUCAUUUGCGAAUCAUGCGAUGAAUGUAAACUUGUUAAGCAUGAAAUAUAUUUUCAAUCGCACGAUUUCUGUAAAUAAGUACAAGCCUUGGAUCACAUGAACUUUUCGGUUAUAUUAGCAUUCAUUUGCUACA